AUGCCAUUCUCGAUUCGAAAGAUUGGCGACACGACUGUCCCAGCGGUGGGCUUCGGAUGUAUGAACCUGUCCAUAUCAGCCAGCAGUGCGGCUGAUCCUCCGCCCCCUGAGGACAACUCCCUCGCAGUUUUAUCCCGCGCCGCCGAGCUCGGCACCACUUUCUGGGACACUUCUGACGCUUACGGACCUUCCAGCCACAAUGAGAAACUCAUCGGCCGCUGGCUUGCGGAAAAUCCAGGUCUGCGAUCUAAGAUAUUCCUUUGCACCAAAUUUGGGUUCAAACUCAAGCCUUCUCCUACAAGUCCGAUCGGCUAUGAGAUGGGCAUCGAUUGCUCGCCCGAACAUGUUCGAACUGCUGUGAACGCAAGUCUAGACCGUCUCGGUGUUGACACUAUCGACCUAGUCUAUGCUCACCGCGUCGACCCGUUUGUACCGAUCGAGCACACAGUGGCUGCAAUGGCUGAGCUAGUUCACGCAGGCAAGGUCCGGUACAUUGGACUGAGCGAGUGCAGUGCUACCACGUUGCGACGCGCCUACAAGAUACACCCGAUUGCGGCUAUCCAGAUGGAGUUCUCUCCGUGGGCGCUAGAUCUCGAAGAUCCGCAGAUUGGCAUUCUUACGGCUGCAAGGGAGUUGGACGUGAAGAUUGUAACGUACAGCCCGCUGGGCAGGGGAUGGUUGACCAAUGCGAAAAUUGAAAAGUGGGAGGAUUUGGAACCCUUUGUGGGCAAGAUACGAAUGAGUGUACACCCCAGGUUCUCGAGAGAGGCGUUCGAGGGCAACCUGCGGUUGAAGAGAGGCUUAGAGGAAAUGGCAAAGGAGAAAGGGGUCAGCGUCGGGCAACUGACUCUAGCGUGGGUUCUGAGCCAAGGGGACGACUUCAUUGCGAUACCGGGAACGAAGACCCUCAAAUACUUGGAGGACAAUGCUGGUGCGCGGGAAGUGGACUUCACCGCAGAAGACGAGGCACAGGUCCGAAGCAUACUGAAGGCGACUGGAGGAGCCCAAGGAGCGCGGUACUCAGAAGCGUUUCUGAAAGCAUGUUUUGGCGACACGCCAGCACUGGAAGAGUGA